GUGCGCGGAAGGCUGCUCUUGCGCAAGCGCAUUCAUCCUGUCCUCCUGGCCCCCGAGGCGGAGGCGCAGAUUGGUUUCUUCUGCGCAAGGUAGCGGGCGCAUGCGCAGAGCGCGCUCCCCAGCCGGUCCAGAACCUGUAGAGCGCUCAGAUACUUUUAGCAUAUGAAGUUGAUCAUGGCAGAAGAUGAAGACGACUAUAUGUCAGAUUCCUUCAUUAAUGUUCAAGAAGACAUCAGACCAGGAUUGCCAAUGCUAAGGCAAAUUCGAGAAGCCCGUCGAAAAGAAGAAAAGCAACAGGAGGCCAAUUUGAAGAAUAGACAGAAGAGUGUAAAACAAGAAGAACAAGAAAGACGUGAUAUUGGGUUGAAGAAUGCAUUAGGCUGUGAAAACAAAGGAUUUGCCUUGCUCCAAAAGAUGGGAUAUAAAAGUGGUCAGGCUCUUGGCAAAAGUGGAGAUGGUAUUGUUGAACCUAUUCCUCUCAAUGUCAAAACAGGAAAAGGUGGCCUUGGUCAUGAGGCGUUAUUAAAACGGAAAGCAGAGGCAAAACUAGAAAGCUACAGAAGAAAGGUCCAGGUGCAGAACCAAGCUGCAGAGAGAGCUGCAGAACAAUUUCGAAUGCGACUUAAAAAUAAACAGGAGGAGAUGAAGCAAGAAGGAGAUCUGAAAAGAAGCCAGCGAGCCUGCCAACAGUUGGAUUCCCAGAAGAAUAUUCAAGUUCCCAGAGAGGCAUGGUACUGGUUGAGGCCAGAGGAAGAGACUGAAGAAGAGGAAGAAAAGGAAGAGGAUGAAGAUGAGUAUAAGAGUGAAGAUUUAAGUGUAGUAGAAAAAUUACAAAUACUGACUAGUUACUUAAGAGAAGAGCAUUUAUAUUGCAUUUGGUGUGGAACAGCCUAUGAAGAUAAAGAAGACCUGUCUUCGAAUUGCCCAGGACCAACUUCCGCAGAUCACGACUAAAAUCAUUCCCAAUAAAGUAGAGAUUUUUCAUGCUUGUUAAAAAAAAAAAGAGGUUGGGGGCUUCAUAUAAUGCUUUGUUCUUUUUAUAUUUUGGAAGUCAUUUGUGCAUUGGGCUAUAUAACUGUUUUACUGCCUUGAAAGAAAUAAUACAGACUGUAUCAUCAACAUGGACAAUUGCAAUGUACGGCUGUAUUGUGAUACUUAUGGGGUAAAAGGAUACCAACAGGUAACAGUCUUAUUUCCCUCUUCACUUUGGUGAGAAAUUAGACGUGGGAGGGGCUGGCUUUGUUCCAUAGUGGUUAAGCUACCACUUGCAUUACUCUUACCCUGAAUGGAUGCUGGUUUGAAUCCUAGCUACUCCACUUCCAAUCCAGCUACUGCACCUGGAAAACGGCAAAAGAUGGCUUGGGACUCUCAUCCACACAGCACUCAGAAGAAGCUCCUGGCUUCAGCCCAGAAAAGCAGGGCCAUUGUGGCUAUUUAGAGAGUGAACCAGCAGAUGCCAGAGCUUUCUCCCCAUCUCUUCUGCUGUGUUGUGAGAAGAAGAUAUUGGAGUGUGUGAAGACUGGACCUGUGGUUGGCUGGGUUAGGCUAGGCCACAGCACUUGUCACUUCACGGGAGAGAUGGGUUGGAGAUAGAAUUAACCAGGCAACUGCACCUACCAGUAUAAGCGUUGGUUGGUGCAGCUGAUGGACCAAACCUGACCCUGCACUGGCUGGCGCACUCGAAAGUCAAAUCUGAGGUCACUAAAAGUGAUGUUGCUUGAGGGACUUCCUAACUAGAUCACUGGACUCAAACUCCGAUCACAAGGAAAAACCAAAAGUAUGUGAAGUAAAAUAUUCCCUUCCAUCAUCCAAGCCUAAGGAGGAAGGAAAGAGUACUCCAGUCAGACUUGUAUCAGAGGCAUGUUUCAUGAAUACUAGCAACUUCUAACCAGUUUUAGAGAUGGCCAUAGAGUUUCCAUGGCAAUGCACAUGUUGAUCAUAAAUGAUCCGCUGCAAGGUUUGGCUAAAGGCAGUUAAGAUUUGCAAGGAGUCUUAUAUAUGGAAUCCAAGGACUUCAUGAAUUUGGAAUUCCCUUGGCAACAUUACCAGCAGGUGGUCAUUCAACCGCUGCCCUUGUUCUUCCAGCCCAGAGAGCUCGUUGCUUGAAAGCCAUCCCAUUACUGGGUAGUUUACAUUACUUUUGAAGUGGUUUUGCCUCCUUAUAAUUUAAUUGAAUGCAGCUAUGUGAUCUGGCGAGCUCCAUCUAAGGUGUCAAAAUCAUUAUCUUUAAAAAAAUUUUUUUAAAGAUUUAUUUUAUUUGAAAGAGUUACACAGAG